ACUGAUCAGGUUUUGUUAUUGACUGUUAUUUGCUGAGCGACAAAAUCUGGUCUCUGUUAUUAUCUGUAGGUGCAAUUAGAUGUUUAUUGGUUUGGAUUUGUUGUGAUAUUUGUCUUGUGUUUAUAUCUUGACGCCGUUCAUACAUAUGGCAUGUGAUGACUCUUAUACCGUCCAAAUCAUCCCUCUCCAGAACAGCCUCUACAGUCCUGAUGCUCUGCACUGCUUCCACUGGCUGAAGAGACGUAGAGAUCUGGAAAGACAGAAGGAUGUCCUGUGGGCUGGACUACAGGUUGUGGAACAAACACAACUGUGGUACCAGAAUCGCCUGCAGCUGAAUUUACAAAGGCACAUUAGCUUUACGGGAGACAUGGAAGGAGAGGGCCAUUGCUCCUGUGCUCUGCGGUCCUGUAUGCAGCGUGUUAACGGGAGUAUGGGUAGUUUGAUGAGCGACUCCUGUAUCUGGAAUAAUCUGGCCCCAGAAGAGACUGGAGGUUCAGAUUGGGACCUCCGGUGGAGCAAUGCCACACUGGUCAAGGAAGUUAAUCGACAGAAUCAACGGAUUUCCAUGUUGGAGCUUCAGAAGGCACGACUUCAGCAGCUGUUGUCUUAUAGCACAUCUGAUUCAUCAUAUCCACACAUUUACAACUGUAAUCACAAAAUGGUUUCAACCAAAUCAAACAGAGAAUUGUAAAAAGUUAAAAUAGCUUUGAAAACACUGAAUGUUAAAAUUAAUUUAAGGGCCUGAGUGUGCUCGUUGUACCAUGGCAUUGACUAUUUUCUUUAAUCUUCUUUAAGCGCAAAGGAGCAAAUGUGUCUAAAGUGCUGGAAAAGAGAAAGUCAUAUGUUUCUGUCGCAAUAUUGAUUUCUUCUAAGCUAUCUGCGAUGCUGAGGAGAUGAAACUGAUCAGGAAUAUUGUUAAUAAAGAAGUGAUACAGUAGAUCAUACAUAUUCAGCUUUGCAGCCUUGGCUAAAUUAAGUAUACACAAGACUAGAUAAUGAUCUGAGAUGACAUCGAUCCGUUGCAGAAUUUCAACGGCAUCAACAUUGAUUCAAUUUGAUAUUAUUAGAUCUAAUAUGAUUAUGACAAUGAGUAGGUCCUGACGUGUCUAACUCCAAUAGAGUUCAGAAUGUCUCUAAAUGCCAAUCACAAUGCAUCUUUUUUUGUUAUCCAAUAAUGUAUAUUGUAUAUGUAUAUUAAUAUCAAUAUAAGUCUAUGGGUGACGUCGCAGACGCUUUGUCCAUAUUUUGUACAGUCUAUGGUAAAACCAUACCUAUAUAUUUUGUAUUGCUAUAUAUAUUAACAACUCAUCAAUUAAAUAUUUAU